AUGUUCGCUCCCCGUGCCAUCGUAUCACCGCUUACCCGAGCCGCAUUCAGGCCACAAACGAUUCGCGUUGCUGCCAGGCCAGCCUACUUUCGCAUUCAAGCUGCAUUCAACUCAACAAUCUCAGAAGCCAUAACACAUGAUCAUCGCGAGCUGAAGACAUACUACAAUGAGAUUGUCGACAACCCUGACGAUAUUGACCACGUUACACGCUAUGGCAACCAAUUCACAUGGGAGCUAGCCCGCCACUCUGUCGCCGAGGAACUUCUCGUAUAUCCAGCCAUGGAGAAGUACAUGGGAGAGAAGGGAAAGCAACACGCAGAGUCUGAUCGGAAACAGCAUCAUGAGGUGAAAAUCUUACUUAAGGAGUUCCAAAACAUGGACCCAGCGUCCUCAACCUACAUCCCCAAGUUGAAAGAGAUUUGGUCCCUCCUCGAGCGCCACAUUGCCGAAGAAGAGAAAGAUGACCUACCUGCCCUCGAACAAACUCUUUCCUCAGAGAAGAACCGCGGAAACUCCCAAUCCUUGGCCAAGAACUUUGCUCGCACAAAAGCCUUUGUGCCAUCAAGGAGCCAUCCCAGUGCUGGAGAGAAUCCGUAUUUCGAGGGUCCGAUGGGUAUGUUGGCUGCGCCGAUUGACCACAUUGCGGAUAUUUUCCGCAAGUUUCCCGAUGGCACUAUUAGUCCGAAUCCCAGCAAGAAGUGA